AAAUUACAAAAAUUAUUAUUUUAAAAUGGAUUUGACUUUAUAGUUUACAGAGAGCCUCAAAUUAAUUGAUCUGCAAGCGUUUUAGGUUAAAACAAGCAUGAUAUUUUUUCAUAUCGCAAUAUCUCUCUCAUUGUUUGCGUCAGUCAAGAGUGCUUCUAUAGAUGUUUCUGCUGGCAAGAACAAUUUAAAAGAAGGAGACAAUGUUACUAUAACAACCCAAAUUACACUUUUACCAAAUGAUCAAAUAACUGUUAUAAAAUGGUUGUAUAAUUCUAGUAUAGACUUAGCAGUAGCAUUAACUGUAUCAUCUUUUGCAUUAUAUUCAAAUAGCAGAAUUCUUUUCGGUGAUAGAAUUUCAGCUGUUUACGAUUCAAGUACUGGCUAUAUAAUAAACUUGAAUAAUUUGCGAGCCAAUGAUUCUAUGACAUUAACAGUUAAACUUACAUAUCAAAAUGGUGAUACAUUUGGUGUUGUUAACAAAAGUUUAACUAUUGAUGUUAAAGCUGACCCAGUAAUUUUGAGUUUUCCUGACACAAUUUUUGUAAAUGAUGGUAACACACUGUUUGUAGAAUCAAUAUUAUAUGGUAGGCCAAAACCUAAUAGCAAUAUAGUGAAUGGAGACCAAACAUUUAGUGCCUAUAAUUUCAUUGACUUUUCUAACAAUAUAUAUAAAUAUUUUUACAAUUUGAGUACUUUUUAUGCCAACAGCUGUGGAAGUGUGUUGUUACUGAAUGUAUUUGGAAAUGGAAUAGCAAUUACGAGAAGUGCAACUGUUUUUGUUCAAUUUACACCAGGAAUCGUGAGUCUUUCAUCACCAGUGGUGCAGUUAGAGAACUUUUCCAUUUACUUGAACUGGAAUUCCAUUCCAUCUGGAACAUGUCCUGUUACGUAUAACAUAGAAUUUUUAAACAACACCUAUCAGAUAGUCAAUCAGUUUUAUGGAAUUAAUACAACAUCAGUUUCAAUAGCUAAUGAAGCUAAUGCAACUUUUUUUAAAAUAUACGCUGUUUAUAAUGGUACACCAGGGCAAGUACUCAUUCAACCCAUACCUCCUCCACAAUCAACUGUUACUACUAUUACGACAGCAACAGCAGUUAAAGCAACCAUUCCAUGUUCUAAGCCAGAAGGCGAUUUCAUUUUCAAAAAAGAAAAUGUUUUAACGACUAAGGUCUCGACAAUAGUUGGAAUAAGUGUCGGAGUUGGUAUAAUUUUUGUUGGAUUGUUAGUUGCAAGUUACUGUUUGGGUUAUUACAGGCAUAAGAAGCUGACGAAUAAAAAUAAAAAAGAAAUGAACGACAACAAUGGUUUAACCAGUUAUCAAGAACUUGCACAUUUGUCUAAAGGUAAUAUUGAUUACCAAAAGUUGAAUGCUGGUAAUAAAGUUAUCGAAAAUAAUAAAAGUUUUUCUAAUAUUGAUUAUCAGAACGUUACUGUUUCGGAACCAAACUAUAAUUAUGUCGACCCGAAAUUUAGCUGAAACGUUAUUUUUUUUUGGAUGCUGUUAAAACUCUUAAAGAAAAUGUGUAUUAAUUUUAGUUUAAGUUUAUAUAACUUGUAUUUUUAAAAUGAUAUUAACAGUUAAACAUGGAGCUAAAGAGUCCAAUAUGUA